AUGGAGGCAAAACUCUCUUUAGAACUUUCCGCUCGAGACAAGCAUCUGGUCAGGUCAGAAACAGUAUUGUUCGCUGUUAUUAACGUAGGGGCCUUCUUUGGAAACCUUUCAGUUUGUUACGCUGUGUAUAGAAAUCACAGACUUCGAACGCUUGCAAAUAUGUUUGUUGUAGCACUGGCGGUGAGCGAUAUUUUGAUGUCUACUUGUUGUAUGCCUUUCUCAGUUGCCACGCUAGUCCGCGGCAGGUGGAUUUUUGGUCAAGAUUUCUGCCGAUUUCAUGGCUUUGGUGUUUUUACAUUUGGUCUGGCUUCUCUUUACACCAUGGGGAUAAUCGCACUUAGUAGAUACUUCUGCGUAGUCAAACCAGAAAAAUACAUUGUGAUCUUUAAGACUCGACAGACUUUGGCAUAUAUUGCUGUUGUUUGGAGUGCUGCUUUAAUCGGAUCUGUGCCUCCGUUUUUCUUUGAAAAUGGCGGAUUUGAGUUCCAGCCUGGAAAAGCAAUGUGCCUGUACACUUUUCAAACCAACAUCGCGUACACAGCGUUCAUAGAAUGCGUGUACGUAGCAACGCCUUUAACUCUCAUCACCAUUUGCUAUGCUAAAGUAUUCUUCACUGUUUCACGAUCAAAUCAGGUUUUCUCCCAUGAAAACAACCCCCAGCAACUAAGAGCAAACGUGGAGGAAGCAAAAGUUACCAAGACUUUAGCAGCUGUUAUGGCUGGUUUCGCGUGUUGCUGGCUUCCAGUUUGCAUCAUCGAUUAUAUUGACGCCGCACGUAGGGAGCCCACUUUGCCUCGACAGUUGUAUCUGACAUACGGGUUUUUGGUAUAUUUGAGUAGCACUAUAAACCCCUUCAUUUAUGGAGCUACGAAUAAGCACUUCCGGCGAGAGUAUCGGAUUAUUUUGAAAAAGGUGCUUUGCUUGCAUAGGGGCCAGUGCACGGGGAUGUCCGAAAACGUUUCUGGAACCGAACCUCUUAAAAGCCGGAGAGGACAGACCUCACAACCAACUACAAAUUUAGUGUCAGUCGCUAUUUAAGGCGGGGACAAUAAAGAUAAAGAUAUACCUUAACCUUCGCGCUGUCAAAGUUAAUUACAUAGACACAUGACUUUUGAGACUGUAGAUGACAUCAUCUUGAGUAAUCCUAGUUAAUUUUUAUUUUCGGUUGUUUUUCAAAAGUCCACCAAAUUUGGUGUCUUUUUGGGUGUGUCAGAUCAAAAAUUAUCCUUCUAUUAGAAAUAAUUGCCGUGAAUUUCAUAGUUUUGUCUUAGAGUUAUGCCGGUAAUUUAAGGGAAAUUGAUGAUACGCCUUUCAGUUGUAUACCGGUACUAGACUAGAUAUAGCCUGUUGUAAGUGUCAAGAUAAUAAUUGUCACCUGAACUAAUUCUUAGGCGCCAGUUUGAUUUCUUUACGUUGUCAUUUACUGUUAAUGCCCCCAUUAAUAAUUCCACUAUCAGAAGUAAAAUAUUUAACUCUCUAUUUCAAGCUAUCUCGGCCACCAGCAUCGUGAAACGAGCGGAAAAUGAUUAUUUAGAGCCGUAACUUAUUUGCUAUGUAGUGACGAUCCCAACUAGAAUGCAAGUUUAGACAAAUAUAGAUUCAGUUUAAAAUUAGCGUUUUUCAUUUUUCAUUCAAAAGCAUGUUAGUUAAUUAUCAAACUUUGAAAAGUUAAUAUGACAAAUAAAAUAUCGCCUUCGAGAGCAUCUUUGGAAAUUUAACUCAGUUGGCCUCGUUAGAGCCUACCACUAUCCAUUCUCAGGUUACGCCAAUCUCCUUUCAGAUUGCGUUUGUCAUCUACCAUGCAAGGUCCUCUCUUUGAAAUUUUUCGCUUUAGAGAAUUAGAUUGGGAACAUUGUAAAUGUGUAUAGAAAGCAAACGAUAAAAAAUGAAAAUUAUAGGAAUAAUGCACUUUAUUUGAGAGUCAAUGGAUUAGCAGCAAAGUACCAAUUGAGGGUUUACAUCUUCUUUUUACGGGCGAAAAGAGGAGCCCAGACUAUUCUUGGCGACACUUUCUUAGUGUGUAGCGGGGGUUUUGGCAAAAUCUGUCCACAUUCUUGGGAUGCUUUUGUUCUUCCAACUAGUGCACGGUAAGUGGCCGCAAACUGGCCGAGAGGGCCCAGGUGUUGAGCGCAAGGUCCGUGCUCUCGUGAAAAGUCAACACGAAAACAUGAUUGCACCAUCAGCGUUUUCCAAGGUGCUGAUGCUGCAUUUUUCGUUGCAUGCUGUGACGUUGGCGAACAAUGACAAGACGAAAGUCGAGAAAGAGCAGUAAUCUUCCCAAGGACAUGCAACAAUAUUUGUUUGUUUUGAAAACACGUUGUCAGCGUAUUUCAGGUAUGCACGUAUUGCAUUAAAUGCAAGAUCUUUGGAUUCGCCUUGUUGCUGAAAAUUUAUUUACCAGGAGCAGAGCUUGAUCUCAGCUUAGUGUGGGACGAGCCUUGGUAAGAUAAGUGAUUUCAUAGCCUAUAAAUCCAUGUAAGUUAAGCUUAUCCAGGUUACACUUCAGUUAUUUUAUAUUUUAUGUGCUUUCUAGUAUGUUUAUCUGACACUCGAUAAGCUUUAAACUAAGCUUUUUCAUGAUUCACUGUUGCAUCUCAAUGACCUUUGGUCACCAAAUACCGAACGUAAUUGUUGAGUAAUAAGAGUUCGUGCCUUGAGUUCGUGUGGUUAUUACUGUUCAUUUCACGAUGAGCGUUGUCACGCAUUAGGGAGAUUAAGAUUCACGUUUAUCGCAGACGGCAAACGUCAAGCUCAAGUUGAGAAUUUCUUAGAAUACAAAAUAAGCAGAUAAAAACAGCCCCGAACGAUUCCUGUGGUUACAACUGGCAUAAAACUACUUCUUUUUGCUUAGAAGCAAUAAAAAAUAAGCAAAAAUAAGGGGAAAACUAGGUCACGUGGUACAAAUUCACGUCUGCCGUUUGGCGUAAACGUGAAUCGUAAUCUCUCUAUUAUCUCAGUGAAUGCAGCCGUCUCCCUCAGUCGCUCCUCAUCGUCGCCGCAUCGUCUACCUAUAACUAAGCAAUAAUGUGAAUAAAAUAGUUGAAUUCAAUAAAGGUCUUGUUUACCGUGUUGUUCAAUUCAUCUUCCACUCUUUAUUCACGUAGACAAUUGUGAAAGCGGUCCUCAACAUCAAUCGCACCGUAAGGUAAACGCACAUGUUCGCGCACACUACCUAACCGUUGGUUACUGCUAGUUAAUAGAGACGGGAUCGGGACCUCCAUUUUACAUGGUCAUCCGAGCAACGCGAAGGUCUAGCCGUAGGCUUAGCUAGUACUUUCAUUUCUCAGUUAUUUUAAGACGCUGAGUAUUGCUCGGCCGGUCCCUAUCGAAGCCACCAUGGCGAAAUGUCGGAUGUUUUCUUAGGCUAAAAACUUACCUUUCGCUCUAUAGUAGAGCGCCAUACCGACUGAACUGCCGAGAGUAGGCGUAGGCCAAAAGUCGAACUUUUCAUGAUACGAACCAAACUCUAACUGGGUCGACCUAAAUGAAGUUGUAAGUUAAGGUCGUCUGUUUGGUCAGGUCUACAAAACGCCUCAGUUUGGUCAAAAAGUAUGGGGGGGGGGGGGGGGGGAACCCCCCGGGGACAGCCUUUUUUUAACUCUUUACUUUUGGUUUUCUUUAUAAAAAUUUGGCGUUUUGUCUUGGCCAAAAGAAGUUUGCUAAACACCCGUUUUCAGUUCCUCCCCCAACCCCCCCCCCCCCCAAAAGUGGGGGGGGGGGCCGCCGGGCCAUCCCAAAAAAGCCCGUGAUUUUGCUUUCUUAUGUUGUUUAGUGUGUCUCCUUAUGCAAACGCUAAUGACGUAUAGUGCAGGUCCUAUUCAGCGUGCAUUGUUUGCGCCGGCUCAAACAUGCAUCGCUAUUGAUAAAAAGGGAGGGGGGGGGGGGGGGCGGUAACCUCCGUGGAUCAGCUAUUGUUAACUCAUUACUUUUGGUUUGUCUUAUGAAAAGUUUGACGUUUGGUCUAGGCCAAAGUAGUCUGCUACACAGCCGUUUUCAGUGUCGUCACGCAACGCUCCUCCCCACAAAAGGUGGGGAGGAGCGCUGCGUGACGAUCCUAAAAACGGCUGUGUAGCAGACUAAGGCCAAAGCCACUAACAACUGUGUGUUGCAUCUGCAACUGAGAUCAGACAGCUCAGUGAAAUGUCAUUAACUUUAGGGAAUAUGAAACUUACGUUAAAAGAGAUAAACGGAUUGACAAAUAAGAAAGGUUUUAUAUUUCCUUAGGUACGACUUCAAAGGAUGCGAAUCGGAUAUAAAAUAUUUGAACAAGCAAAGACAGCCUGACAUACUGCGCUGUCAUCGAAAACGUCGAUUUUCUGGACUUUCCAUAUUUGAUUCCAAGACUUGAUCAAAACAGCGAGCUAAAAAUGAAUUUUCAUAGAGCAAACUAAAUUUACUUAUUUGGAACACUUACGCAUUUAAAAGUUGGAACGUUAGUGUUGACAUUAACAGAUCCGUUUAAUUAUUUUGACUUUAACAUGAAGACUUCGCUUUCUCUUGCGCUUCAUGCAAGACCAACCCACUUGAUAUGGAUUGAAACGUUUCUUUUUUCGGUGAUGAACGUGGCAGCUUUAAACGGAAAUCUAUUCGUUUGUUAUGCUGUGUACAGAAACAGAAGGCUUCGUACAAUUCCAAAUAUAUUUGUUGUAGCACUGGCAGCGAGUGAUAUCUUGAUGUCGACUUUUUGUGUGCCGUUUUCAGUUGUCGCACUUGCUCGCGGCCAUUGGAUUUUUGGUGAACGUUUUUGCCAGUUUCAUGGUUUUGGAGUUUUUACAUUUGGCCUGGCGUCUCUUCACACCAUGGGGAUAAUCGCAAUUAGUAGAUAUUUCUGCGUGGUAAAACCAGAGAAAUACGUAGUGUUAUUCAAAACAAGAAAGACAAUGACAUACAUUGCCGUCGUGUGGGGUGCGGCUUUAUUGGGAUCGGUGCCUCCAUUUUUCUUUGAAAAUGGCGGAUUUGAAUUCCAACCAGGAAAAGCAUUGUGCCUGUACACUUUUCAAACCAACAUUGUGUACACCACUUUUAUUGAAACCGUGUAUGUGGCAACACCCUUUGUAUUCAUAAUAAUCUGCUAUGUCAAAGUAUUUUACACAGUUUCGUCAACAAAUCGAAUCUUUUCAGCCAAGACCAACCUCCAUACGUUAAGAGUAAAUAUAGGAGAAGCGAGAGUUACUAAGACGUUAGGAGCGGUAAUGGUUGGUUUUGCGUUUUGCUGGCUUCCAGUUUGCAUCAUCGAUUAUGUUGACGCUGCGCACAGGGUACCCACUUUGCCUCGACAGGUGUAUCUUACAUACGGAUUCUUGAUCUAUUUCAGCAGCACUAUCAACCCAUUCAUAUACGGUGCAACUAACAGGCAUUUCAGGAGAGAAAGUAAAGUUAUUCUAAGGAAAGUAUUUUGUCAGAAAUCAUCCUAA